CUGUAUUGAUUGAUAAUGCAGAAAAUGUUGAGUAGAUAUUUAGAUCACUCUUUUAUGUCCAUCGUACUUUAUGAAUUGUUAAUGUUUUUAUCAAUUGUACUAUAAAGGCGAUGAAAGAAUUACUAAACUUUAAUGUCUAGAUAAAUAGGAAAUAAUUAGGCCCAUUGUUUAAAUCAAUUUGAGUUUUUUUAGGGUGUUCAAGCUGCUAAUUAGAGUCUCCUGUAUUUCACACACUGCUUAAAUGUGUCAAAAAGUCUAAGUUAGCGACCAGAGUUUAUUUUGAAACAUGUAUCUCUCAAUAUCCGGUUCUGUUGUCAUGGUUUCGCUUGACAGCCGCCUCCUUCCUUUUCUCCUCGUUGGCAACAUUUUAAUCCUAGGAUGUUGAAGUCAUGACCCGCCCUCCUCUGCCUUCGAUUGGCUAUGUUACGUCACCGUCGUCGGUUCGGAUUGGUUACGUGUCGGCUUAGAACGUCACGUUAAGCCAAUCAGAGGCGGAGUAGGGGCGGAUCAAGACUUCGCCAUCCUAGGAUAGUGUAAUAUCGAUCCUAUCCGUGUGUGUCGGGAUCCAUUGAGCAGCCUGAGCCGGGCCAAAACGGGGGCUUUUUGGUUAGUCUUCCCCCCUUCACAAACACCCUUCGGUUUGAAUCGGUUAUAUCGGGGUUUUUUCCCCCACCGUUAAACAACCGGGUCCGGUAAAUUUACGGAGCGUUUAAAGCCUUAAGCCGCGUCUCGUUGGAACUGACUUGAGUGAGGCGUUUGAGGACCGACGGACAAACGAGCUCCGGGGCCGGUGGUGGAGUGAGGAGAGAGUACCGCAGCCUGCAGCCUUGCGUCAAAGCCAGCUAAAAGCUAAAACCCUGUAGUCGGACCAGUCAGCAAAGACUGGGGGGGUUACGGGCCACGUUACCUCGGCAGCAAGCCAGCCAGCCAGGCGGCCAAGCAAGCAGGCAGGUUAUUUUUGGCACAGCUGGGUACACAUGCUCUGCUUUAGUCGUGUGCAACAUCUGUGCCAAAAAAGAAAAAAAGUCCUUAUAACAUUACCACAUUAAGAAAAAAAAAGCAGAGAUAAAGCAAGGACAUUUGUAUUAUUGCGUAACAUCUUGUUAAAUUAAAAAAAUAUAUAUAAGGGUGGAAAGGGAAGGACUCAUUGCUUUAACACAUAUGAGGCCUGGUUAAAAUAAAAAGGGGGAGAAAAAAAAUGGACCUUAAUUUUUACUCUGAUCUCACGGAUGGUACCGGGCAGCACGAUGGUGAUCCAGAGUUUUUGGAUCCGCAGUCUUUUAAUGGAUUUGACCAUGACAACAAGUUCCCUGGAGGCAGUGACAACUACCUGACGAUAUCUGGGUCCGGCCAUCCCUUCCUCUCCUCUUCAGAGUGUGCCACUAAACCCAUUGACCUCUUCAACCUCGCUGGAUCCGCUGGUGGAACCUUCCACACUCCGAGCCUCGGCGAUGAGGAGUUUGAGAUCCCCCCCAUCUCUCUGGACCCGGACUCGACGCUCACCGUGUCCGACGUCGUUUCUCAUUUCGGGGAGCUGUCGGACACGGGACCCCCGGACAGCGUGGUGGUGCCCCGGAACGCCGUGGUGGAAGGGGACGACCCUUCUUUCGCCUCCACUUUUGUCAACACCCCCUCGCAGGGACUGGAGCACCUGAGUUUAGGGGUUAUCAACCAGUCUGGAGGGAGCGCUCUGUUGGGGUCCUCACUGGGAAUGGAUCUCGGCCAUCCCAUCGGAUCGCAGUUCAGCAGCUCGUCGCCAGUGACCAUCGACGUCCCGCUGGGCGACAUGAGCCAGGGCCUGCUGGGGUCCAACCAGCUGACCACUAUCGACCAGUCGGAGCUCAACGCUCAGCUGGGGCUCGGCUUAGGAGGCGGGAACAUACUACAGCACCCGCAGUCGCCUGACAACCCGCUGUCAGCCACGGCGUCGCCCACCAGCUCGCUCCAGGACGACGACAUGGACGACUUCAGGAGGAGCGUCCUGGUGGAGUCUCCGGUCUCUCUUGCCGUCUCUCCCGGAGUCAUCUCCCUCGAUCCCUCCCUAUCCGAGUCUUCGCUCUCCGCCCCUUCCUCCAGCGCCUCUCCGGUCGUCGGUCGGAAAGGAGGAGCCGGAGGGAAGAAGGGGAAAAAGAAGAAAGACCCCAACGAGCCUCAGAAACCUGUGUCGGCCUACGCUUUGUUCUUCAGGGACACGCAGGCGGCGAUAAAGGGACAGAACCCCAACGCAACGUUCGGAGAGGUUUCUAAGAUCGUGGCCUCCAUGUGGGACAGUUUGGGGGAGGAGCAGAAACAGGUGUACAAGAGGAAAAACGAAGCAGCGAAAAAGGAUUACUUGAAAGCGCUGGCAGAGUACAGAGCCGGCCAGACUUCUCAGGCUCCCAUCGAGGUCAUGGACACAGCUCCGUCGCCUCCUCCUCCGGCUCCGUCUCUUUCCAUGGCCGCCAUGGCCGCCUCGACCCCGGCGGGCCGCGCCACCCGCUCCCAGCAUUACAACCCCGAGGAGAACACCAUCACCAACAUCUGCACCUCCAACAUCAUCCUCGACCUCCCUCAGGUCACCACGCGCUCCCGCACAGGCGCCAUCAAACCCCAACCUCCGCCCGUCGCCCUUCCUCCGAACCCCCCCACCGUCACCAAGAUCAUCAUCAAGCAGACGCCGCUGCCCUCCGGCGGCGUGUCGGUCACGGCGACAACCGCCUCAUCGCCGAGACAACCGCCUCCGCUGCAGCAGAUGCAGAGUACCCCGCCUCCGCCGCGGCUGCAGCAGAUGGUGCACGCUCAGGCCCCGCCCCCGCUGCAGGCCAAGCCUCGAGGCGCAGGCACGGCCGCCGCCUCCACAGCCCCGCCGCCGCUGCAGAUCAAGGUUGUCCCGUCGUCGCGGCAAUCGGACUCCAGCACGCCGAUCAUUGUGACGUCGAGCGGGGACACGCCCACGUCUGUGUCUUCGUCGGGUCUGACGGUGGAGGUGGGACCGAGGGAGUCGGCUGCCAUGGUUACGGGAGGAGAAGAAGUGGCGGAGGCAGAGGAAGGGAUGGAGGUGGAGGUGAACGUCACCCCCGGCCUCAGCUUGACCCCGUCUGCCAGCCCGAACAUUUGCGUGCGUGCUGGCUGCACCAACCCGGCUGUGGAGAGCAAAGACUGGGACAAAGAGUACUGUAGCAACGAGUGUGUCGCCACCCACUGCAGGGAUGUGUUCAUGGCCUGGUGCGCCAUCCGAGGGCAGAACUCCACCACGGUCUCAUAGGGGAAGGACACAUCUGACGGAGGAGUGCUACACAAGAAAGAAAAAGAGAGAGAGAGAGAAGGAGAAGGAGAGAGAUAAGGGGAGAGAGAGAGAGAGAGAGAGAGAAAUGGACAAAGAUGACACAUGAAAUGCAAAUGAACAUAAGAGUGAGUGAAUGGAUGAAAUAAAUGAGUGCAUGAGUGAGUGGUAGCCAGAUCAGGCUCAGGUAUAUCGGCCUAUAAUUGUUUAAUCAUGUGACAUCAUGAGGAGGAGGAGGAGGAGGAUGGUCGGGGGGCGGG